GUACGCGAAAGGUGCGCUCAGUAUUUUCUGAUACGUUCUUCCAACGUGGCGCACGACGACGUUCGGAUAAACGAAAGCCUUGCGGGUCGUUAUGCUUUCAGACAAACAGAAAAACAAACUGGCGUAGCCGUGCCUUGUUAUCCACCAUUCAAUCGGCCGCAUUGCAUAUGGUUUCGUCCCGAAGCAUCUUCUAGUGGUACAAUUGGUGUUUAUUUUUGCUGGGAAACAGUAUUCCUCCCAACAGUUUGUGAGUAACAGUUAGUGAUAACUUACAACUUAACCGAAGCCAUAGAGCUGUCCUGUGAGGAAACUAGAGUAAUCUACUGUUAACAGAAUAGCAAGGACACUGACUGUCGACGAGUUGGAUACUCGGUCUGGUGUUGGCAAUCGUUUGUGCAGCUAAGCAACCCAAUCCGACCCACUCUGACUUCCCAGACCGAACGUGUAGUGUGUUAGCUGCUUGUGGCCGAUAUAAUCGGACGGCUAAAAAGUGAUUGUUCGUUCGCAACCGAGUGUAGGACUGUGAUCAAAUAGGCGAACGAGUGCUUGAGGUGGUCCGAGAUCCGUCCAACCACCGACAUCUCACAACCCAAAAGGAUGCUUCCCAUCAUCGCGAACUGUGGGAAGUUCUACAACCGGCUCAGCAUUCUCGUGACUGUCUUCAUCACCGUGAAUCUUGCCCGGAUAAGAGCGGAAAAUUGUGGCCAGGAGGAGCUGGCCAAGUGCGUCCGUCCGUUCCAGGUGAUACAAUCGGCCUCGGAUCUGUCCAUUGCAACGAAGCGCGAGGACCUCGAUAGAGUAUGCCCUGAUCUGAAUCACGGACUACAGUGCAUUCGCAGCUAUACCCGACGCUGUAUGAAUCUGGAACAGCGAAACCAUUUUAAUCAGCUGUACAACGGCACGCAUCAGUUCGUGCGCGACCUCUGCCGGGAGGGCGAAUAUCAGAAAGAGUUCCUGGCCCACGCGCCCUGCCUGCAGUUGGUCCGGCCAGACUACGAGGUGUGUGGCCGUCGCUAUCACCAAACCGUCAUCGCCAUUACGCAGCAGGUGCAGCCAGCGGAACAUCACCACCAUCAUCAUCAACACCAUCACGAUCAUGAGCAUCACCAGCAGCAGCAGCAGCAGCAGCAAUUGCAGCAGGAACAGAAUGUACGACGUCACAGAAGAAACCAUCAUACCGCCAGCCGGACAGAGGAGGACGAUGUGCAAAAGGUGUGCUGCUCGUUUCUGGAGUACCUGGACUGCUCGGAAGCUGCGGCCAAAAAGACGUGCGGAUGGGAAACGGCCAAGUUCACCCGCGGUUUUUUGGAUAAAAUGUCCUCAACGUUGAUCAAGAUGUACUGCGAAGAUUACUACAAAUCGAACAAAUGUCCUUCGAUGUACUCGUCCGCGGCGUCGAGUACGUGGAAUCGCCUGCAUAGCGUUGCCCUGAUGCUGAUUCCGACGGUGGUUAGCACACUCCACACCACGUCGACCUCCUGGUGGACGUUACGAUCGACGGGAGUCCUUCAAACGUUACGAUAAUCGGCAGGCCGGACAUACCCCAGGGGGGCACGGUUCCAAAAUGUUAGUUUCAAGGUUCGCCAACGACUAGCUGGCCAGUCCAUUGGUUGCUUCCCCUACGUUACAGCUCUCCACCAGCUCUGCACGAUUCCCGUUGGCGAUCUACUCAGCUUGCAUGCUAAAAUAGCGUCUGGAGAUGGUAGACACGAUUGGGCGCUCGAAGGAGAAGGCAAGGGAGCGGUAGCUAGUGCCGCCGAAUGACAAAUUAACUUUAAGUAACCAACAAUCAACCCUUCUCACGCCCUACACGUCGCACGGCAAGACCAUGCUCGCGAUUGGCGCAAGAUUGGCAAAUUGAACUCGUUCGCUGGUCAAGUGCGGUCGUGGCAAACAUUGGAAAGGGGAACGGGGCGAGGGGAGGGUGAUUGCGCAGAAUAGUAUUUCAUCAUCUCAUCACCAACUCAUCACCGAGCAUAUGUGUGUGGGCUAGCCGGCAGAUAGUGCGCCACUAGUAUGCUGCUAGUGAGACCACAAUACCCAUACCAAUGAAUGGAAUUAAGGUUAAUUUAUUUAUUGGAGACAAACAUCACCGGGAGUUUACCGGGUGCGGUAGCGGUCGGUGAAACACAACGUCGGCGGCGGACAGAAGGCAGAAGAAACCCCUGGGAGACGACCACUGGAUGGUCGGUCGAAGGUCUCCGCGAGUCACUAAAAACUAAACUAGCAAAUGUACGAUAACGCUUACGAAGACAGAACCCUUCGUCAUCGUCCAAAUAUGUGCAAUGUAGAUAUAAGGUGUAGAGUUAGUAAUGAAAGUAAAUGUAGCAAUUCCAAAACACGGUAAGAUAGACUAUUGUUAACGCUGGGAAUCGAUCCCGUGGUGUGUUGCAAAAACAAUUAUGUUUCUUUGUCCAAUGAUACGAAUCUGCUGCGCCGUAGUCGCUAUCGUACGUGAUAUUCCAUUCUGAGCGUAGACUCGAUACCUGGCAGGAGUAAAACCUGGCAGGCAGCUUUAUUGGUAGGAAUUAAAGCAAAACUCAAUAGAAUGAUAAGCUAUUGAAAGACAAAGCCGGGGCGAAGAGAUUGCGUGAUUACUGAAUAAGAAAGAACUCAAUAAAAUAUUAAACAA